AUGUCUGGCGCAAAGCAGUGCCUCUCUGCAGGCUGUAGUGGCUGGAAGGUGCUGUGUGGUGCCACCAGGACCCCUAUCAACAUCAGAUAUAUCAGUAGUGUUAAAGCAGGCUCGAGGCCAUCUGAGGAAGAGCAACUCUGGGAAACGGCGGCAGCUCUGCCUUUUUCUGCAGCCAGGCUUGGAUCGUUCUUUCAGGACCGACCUGUGCUCAAGAACCCUUUUCUGGAGGAUGCCCUUUUGAGGGGAUACUUGAGGAGACACCUGCCUCACGAGGCAGUGUCUGCAGAUUUGUGUGCCUUUGGCGAGCGUGUGGCGACGGAGGUAGAUGCGUGGGGAAGAGAGUGUGAAGUCAUUCCCCCUCGAUUGGUGCACUUUGACCCUUGGGGACGCAGGGUGGACCACAUUGUGACCUCUCCAGCAUGGAAACGCAUGAAAGAUCUGUCAGCGCAGGAGGGAUUGGUCGCGAUCGCUUACGAGAGGCCGCAUGCAGAAUGGAGUCGGGUUUAUCAAAUGAGCAAGUUGUACAUCUUCUCCCCCUCGUCUGGCCUCUACACUUGUCCUCUGGCUAUGACUGACGGAGCUGCCAAAGUCAUACAGUCCAUAGGCAUUUCUUGGCCUGUACAAGAAGCCUUCAACCGACUAACUAGCCGUCAGCCUGAACAUUUCUGGACAUCAGGACAGUGGAUGACAGAGCGACAAGGAGGUUCUGAUGUAGCCGGUGGUACAGAAACAGUGGCAGUUCCCCAAACAAAUGGUUGGUACAAACUUUACGGCUACAAGUGGUUCACCUCCGCUACCGAUGCAGACAUGACUCUCACACUAGCCAGAGUGUGUGACCAAUCAGGAAAAACCACACCGGGCAGCAGAGGUUUGUCCCUGUUCUACGCGGAGGUCAGUCGAGACCGUAAUGGCUGUCUGAGAGGGAUUGAGGUUCAGAAGCUGAAGGACAAACUGGGAACCAGACAGAUGCCCACAGCCGAGCUUCUUCUGGACGGCCUACGAGCACACAGGCUGUCAGAAGAAGGAAGAGGUGUGGCCUCCAUUGCGAACAUGCUAACUAUAACCAGAAUCCACAACAGCAUCUCUGCAGCAGCAGCAAUGAGAAGGGUGGUCCAGUUAGCGCGUGACUACUCCACUCGCCGCACCGCCUUCGGAAAGCAGCUUAAAGAGCACCCGUUGCAUGUGCAGACACUCGCCAGGUUGGAGGUCGAGACCCGUGGCGCCUUCCUCUUGGUGAUGGAUGUGUGUCGGCUACUGGGACGAGAAGAGAGCGGCGUCGCCACGCAGCUUGACGCUCACCUCUUACGUCUGCUCACACCCGUUGUCAAACUAUACACUGGCAAACAGGCAGUCGCUGUGGUGUCAGAGGGUUUGGAGAGUUUUGGCGGGCAGGGCUACAUUGAGGACACCGGGCUACCUGUCCUACUUCGAGAUGCGCAGGUGCUGAGCAUAUGGGAAGGUACAACAAAUGUUUUGUCCCUGGAUGUGCUGCGAUGUGUGGCUCGAAGUUCAGGGAUGGUUCUCCGUGCUUACUUCACUCAUGUCAAAACCCUGCUUGCAGGAGCUUCCAGUGUGUCCUCUCUGGAUCCAGCUGUGAGAGCAGUAGAUGGGGCUCUCUCUCAACUAGAAGGCUUUAUCCAGGAGGCAGCCACUAGAAUGCCAGGCUACCUGGAACUUGCAGCCAGAGACUUGGCAUUUACCCUGGCUCGCAUCUAUAUGGGUGCCCUUCUCAUUGAUCAUGCAAGUUGGAAUGGAAGGUCUCAAGCUGAUGUCUAUGCAGCACUCAGGUGGUGUGAACAAGACUUAUGUGUGGUGGCAUCAAAUAAGACAAGAGGAUACUACGAUGCCACUUCAGCAGGAGUUGAUUCAGCUCUUGUGUAUGACCAGGAAACGGAGGGUGGACACUGA